GAGCGAUUCGUCUUCUUCCCGCAUUCUGCGAUGGUUAGGCUGUAAACCGCCUAGCGACAACCGAAAAUUCAAAUUUGAAUCUCCACUCAAAUGGCUACGGCUACAGCUAUAUAUACCUCUGGACACUGCUGGUUAUCUACGCCAAACUUCCAACGCAUCUUCUUACCAUGGAUUUCGGGAGUCUCACCAGGAGAGAACUCCAGUCUUUAUGCAAGAAGAAUAAAAUUCCGGCGAAUAGGUCCAAUGUUGCCAUGGCCGACGCUCUUAAAGCUCUAAAACUCGUUGAAGGUAUUGAAGAUUUUCUGAACCCAUUGGAAUCUGAAAGUGGAAUUUCCUCGGUUGAGUCGCCCCAGAAGUCAGAUAUAACCGCACAAGAUGUCCCUCUCUCCUGUGGUAGGACACCAACGUGGCAGAAGGUAAAAAAUGGAUCUGAAAAUUUUGCCAUUCUCUACUCAGGGAGAAGAAGAAUUGCUAGAAAUGUAAAGGGUAGUACUGAUGAAGGAAAGGAUGGUGAUUUUCCCAAGACACCAAGUACUCUGCUGACUAAUAAAAAAGGGGAACUGAGAGAGAUGAACACUUCAGCUAGCCAAAUAUAUUCCAGCGUUCGCAGGUCAGCAAGGUUAGCUGCAAAAGGAGAGAAGGGACAAACCAAACAUCGUGAUCAAAUGUCAGAGACUGUUAUUUUUGAAGGAUCGGAAGUGAACUCCAAACAGUGCUUAGAUGAGCUUUUGGAUAGGAAACCAUCUAAAGGUACGACAGAUCAUAGCGCAUUCUUUGUUGAAACUGAGAAUCUAAAAAUGUUAAGAAAGGAGUUAGAAGUGGAUACAACUAAAACCUCUGAAAAAAACUUAGAAAAUAAUGGUCAAUUUCGUACAUUAUCAUUUUGAACUAUUCUCAUGUCUACUUUUCAAAGUAAACUUUUAGGUUUCCCUGUUUCCUUACAUCAAUGCCCCAUUAGAGCCCCAUGGCUUCCUCAAUACUAAUUAUCUCCAUUGUGGGUACGGCCCCACUGUGAAGAUGGAUGAUAAUCAUUGGUGAUGAAACAUUAGACUCGGCCAAAUAUAAAUAUAUAUGUCUAUACAAAUCUGCUUACAAACUAGGCAUCUUAUAAAUUCUGUUCAAUACUUAUUCUAAUAUACUACAUAAGUGAUGUGUUUUCUUAUUGCUUGAUAUGUCAUUUGACAUGUUACUAGCAUCUACGAAGUUGGAGGAAGAAGAAGAUGCGAAUGAUGACAAAGCUGUGAAGCUUCAGGACAGCUCGUUGGAUAUUGGGCCUGAAAAUUCUAAAUUCACAGAUAUAUUAGAUCUUAAAGGUUUUAUCUGCAGGCAAAGGAUCACAUAGUGAGGAAUGUUUGAACUUGAAAGGUUCAUCUCAUAAUGUUGAAUUAGGUUUGCAAGAUUCACCACAUGCCCUUUCUGUUGCUUUCAAUGCUAACAAAAUCUGUAAAAAAUGUGAAGCCAACACCACCUCUAAAGCAGUAUCCGACAGUGAAUGUUAUGAGGCCAUCAAUGAGCACUAUUACAGUGAACUUCAUGUUGCUGACCCUCUACGGUGUAAAGACUGCCAACGGCAGAUUGUUGACUUAGAUGAUAAGUCCAAAACUGAAGAAAUAUGUGAUCCUGAGGAAGAUGGCUUAGUCCCACCGAAGCAGUUGGAUAAUGAUGAGAAUGAGAAAAAAGCCGAGGGAAGCUCUUGCACUGAGGAUAAAAAUGCAGCUGCUGAGGAAGACAACCUUGAAAUUGUAGAGGAAGGGCCACUAUUGGCUAAACUUACUAGCCACAAGGAUGAUGAAGCAGAGGCCAAAGAAACUUCUCGUGAUUCAGAUGAAUGUGUCACAAAAACAAGAUUUGAAGCUUCUUCUGAUGAAGAAACAUCAUUGGAAGAGUUUCAAACAACGAAUGAGAAGGAUAAGAGCUCAGGGACGCUGGAGGAGUCUGAGCAUGACAAUGGAGGACGGAUUUCAUACUCCAAGAAGGAAGAAAUUCACUCUGAGAGUUCAGAUGAGGGGGAACCUUUGGAUGAAUUUCCAGGUGAUAAGAAUUAUGAGGUACAAAAUGAAGGGCUUCCCUGCUCCGAGGAUGAAGAAGCUAAAUUUGAGAUCAGUUCGGAAGGGGUAAAAGACUCAUUGGGUGAACUUGCACGUAACAAUGAAAAUGAUUUAAAUAAGGAAGAGCUUCCAUGUCCUGAAGGUGAAGAAGCUAAAUUUGAGAUCAGUUGGGCAGGGGUAAAAGAGGCAUUAGAUGAAUUUGCAGGUGAUAAUUAUAUUCAUGUAAAAAAUGAAGUGUUUCCGUGCUCUAACGGUGAAGAGGCUAAAAUUCAGAUUCAUCAAGGGAUAAAAGAGUCCAUAGAUGAAGGUGGUGCAGAAACUGAUGGAAGGUCUGAGUUUUUGCAGCAAGAUGAUGAUGCUCCAGAGACUAACAUGGAUGAUGCUGAUGCUAUUUUGGCUGAAAAACUAGUAAAAACACAACCUUCAAGAAUGGAUGAUGAUGUGGCGGUUUGUUAUGUCUUGUUAGAAUCUUCUGCAACUCCUCAAGUUGACAAUCAGUUGGCUUGACGAUGAAGCCAGCCAGCCAAUAAAUGAUAAAAAAGUGAACAUUCCAUAAGAAAUCCGGUUUGAAAAACGAAGUGUUUCCAGCAUCCUUUUUACUUUGAGAGUAAAAGGACUCGAAGUCCUUUUGUUAUGUUAUUUCCGGGCUGGAAUUAAUGUUAUAAGUUUUUUUUGCGAUUAUAUCGGGUGUAACCGUGCAGUGACAUUUAUAUAUAAUUCUGAAAAAUAAAACUUUGGUAUGUUUU